GCACCAGCCUGAGCCUUUAUGGCCUUUAGCAUUCUCCAAAGCUUCAAAGCUUCAUGGCCGACCGUAACUAUCGCUAUUCCGAACAUAUGUGACAAAUGAUUCUUUCUACCGCAGAUGUUGUUAUCGACUCGAUUGAUUCAGCGGACGAAGACGACGUCGAUGAGUAUAUAGAGAAACUCAGGUUUCUCUUCUCAGAGAAUCUGCUUUUGGCCGCCUUGGAUUUGAUAGAUAGGGACAGCGUAAUCAAAUUCGUCACGCCUUGGAAGCAUUCCACGUAUCACGUCCUUGGAUCUACUACUACAUACACUGUCUUUCCUGGCAACUCCUCCGUUUCUGAUAAGCUCCCUGCAUAUUGCACAUGCCCCGCAUUCGCGUACUCCGUUCUUCUCUCGGGAUCUGAACUCAUGUGUAAGCAUCUUCUCGCAACAAAAAUUGCAAUCCAACUGUCGAGGUGUAUUGAACGUCCUGUGACCCGGGAUGACCUUGCCGACAUUGCCGUACGACGUCCUGUAUAUUCACUACCCACCGUCUUUCUCGAUACAGUACGUGGUGACCUUCCUGCACGAUCAUUGGCCAUCAAAUAGUUUGCAAUCAAACGUCGAUGUACCCGAACCGAAUCAGUCCGCAAUUCCCGAACCUCAGUGUUUGUCCACACCUACAUUUUGGAGCAGGUUUUCCAGUUCGUGUACUAUUCUGUUAACAGUUCUCUCUUGAUCGGAGAGGACACGAAGAAGUUACAUCCCACUUUUCAGGUUAAGGCCUCAUUCGAAAUGCAGAACAUCGCUUUCAGAUGAAAAUGUUAACUCAGGCCUUCUGAUUUUUUUGCCUUUGAUGAAGACCAUGAAAUCAGGCCAUGGCAUGCAUUUUUUCUUACAAAAAGGGACUUCAAAUGGACACAAUAUACAUAUAAAGACCUUUCUUGUACUUCCGAAAUGUUACUCUAUCAUGAUCCGUUCUUUCGGUCGCGCCUUCGUUGGUAUAUACAAAGAGGCUAGAAGCUACCAAGGGGUAUUACUUAGACAGAGAACCAAAAUGUGAUUUCGGUCUGGCAGAUCCUCCACUUUCAAGAUCCAAAAUGCCGUCCGAGGAUUCAUACGUGGACAUUCGUCGAGGCCUCCUCACCGGGAUCGCGGGUCGAGUCGGCAGGACACUUUCUUCCUCUUCCUCGGAUACUGCGACUUCUUCAACCUCUUCCUCGUCC